UUGGCUUGCUUGGAAGCGAGGCGAGGGACUGUGACAAGAUGGCCGAACUUGUUUUUGUGCAUUAAACUCUAGAAUUGGAUAAUUCGCGAUGCUGUACCACAGAAAAGUAGGAUGGUUUGUUUAUAAAUACCUGCCAUGUUACGGAAGGCUACAAGCACUCCAAGCCGUACCAACAUCUAAACUUUCUUGUGCCCUUUUUUCUACAACAAAAUGUAGUAGGGUCUUCUCCAAUUCACAACUUUUUACAUCGCGCGGAGAAAAGCGGUAUCUGUUGGAAAGAAGGGUGAUAAAUCAUCUACCUGAAAGUAUUCAAUUUCGUCAAUCAUCUCAUGCUCCAUAUUACACGUUCCCAUUAAUAGUUGGAAUGCAAGAUUUGCUAGUUAACGUACAAGAAAUAAGUGGACUUCCUUGGUGGGCAACCAUUAUUUCAGCAACUGUUAUGUUUCGCUUGAUGAUAACGCUGCCACUAGCAAGGAAACAAGCAGAAACUUUAGCUAAAGUUGAACUUUUACAACCUACAAUUAAUGAGGUUGUUGAAGCAUUGAAACACAACAUUGCCAUCAAGGGUAAACGUGAUGGGAGGCCCCUGGAGGAUGUAAAUAGGGAAUUCCGGAUGGAAGCAAGAUUACACACGAGGGACAUGUACAAGCGAGAAAAAUGCAACCCUUUAAAGUUGUACUUUUUGCCUUGGGUGCAACUUCCAUUAUGGAUCAUAAUAUCUCUUGCUUUGCGAAAUUUGUCAGGGUUUUUCCCUAGAGACCCUAACCUUGGAGAGGCAACUUUGGCCCACGCUGGACUCCUAACUGGAGGCUUUGGUUGGAUAACAGACUUGUCUGUUUCUGAUCCAUACUUAGUGCUACCUGCUAUUAUUGGAGUGACAAACUUACUUAAUAUUGAACUGAAUACUCUGAAAAAGACUAUGCCAUCAAGACGUCAAAUAAUUGUUACAAGGGUGUUCCGAUCUUUAACAAUUGCCAUGGUAUUCUUCUCAGCACAGGUUCCAGCAGCAAUGUCUCUAUAUUGGGCAACAUCUAGCAGCUAUGGUCUUAUCCAGAACUUAACCUUAAUGCAACCAUCUGUUCGGCGAAAAAUGAGAAUACCACAAGCACCUUCAGAAAGUGCAACUCCAUUACGAGACAAAGUCAAUAUAGUCAAAACCAAGCUUGAUCUUUUUAUGAAAAUCCAGAGAAGGUGAAGAAAAAACUAGAGAAAACAAUAAUAUUGUUCAUACAAUGACUUUUAUUGAAAACAAAUUUCCAAUCAGAUGCUUAGGAUAUUGAAAAAUUUACUUUGCACUGUUCUUUUAAAGACAUAAACGACAAAUUAUUAAGUGCAAGAAACCUUUCCUUCAUCUCUGCAAUUUCAUUAAUUAUACAUUCCAAUAAAUGCUCAUGACAAGCAUUACCUCCUUCCCAAGUUAUGUAUUUUAACUAGUCCCUUGCAAUUUUUAAAUACAAAUGAAAAUUUUUGGUACCAAUAAAUCAUAAAGUAGAAGUAGAAUAAAUAUAUUGUUUCUGAAUGCCAAUUUUACUACGACUACAGAGAAUCUAACAACAAUGAAAUCAAAUAUUUGGACAAAAAUAAAAUAAACCUAGUUCAGGGUAUUUUGUCCCACUGGCAUGAAUAAAUAUAUAUAGCAGAAAACAAAUGCCUUCAAUUGUGUUGAAGUAUUGACUUUAUCCAU